CACCUACAGUGAUCAAACUAUUUUUUCGAAAAUGGCACCGAAAGUCUUAUAUUGUGCUUUUUUUAUAUUAAACGUCUAUUUUGUUGCUUCAGAAAACAACGACAUGCCGAAUGAGAUAUCUCCAAUGGCUUCAUAUGAGGUACCAUUCAAAGGCCAGAAAUGUGUGGCAGGAAAAUCAUAUCAUGAUGGCUGCAACCUGAACUUCUGCGCAGGUAACAAGCAAGAAGUCGAUGGGGCUUGGACGCCAAUAAUCAUGUCCACUCUAAUUUUAUGCUAUAACAGCCCUCAGUUGGAUCCUCCUACAAGCUUUUAUGAACAUACUAUGUAUCGGUUAGACGACAAUGUGCAGGAAAAGGCGGAUAAACAUGUUAAUAUUUAUACUAUGCCAAAUGGUAAUGAUGUUUUGUAG